AUGCUUUCCCCGCGGGUGGCUGUUGCGCACGCAAGGGGAAUCCAAAAAAAAAUAAAACUAAUGACGAGUGUACACCGUUUGCAGAUGCGGAUGUUGGAGAGGCUGAUCAGACUGGUGCCUGGAGUGAGUCUGCAGAUGUCCGUUCGGGAACUGGGCGCAUUGGACUGGCCGAUAAAACGGCCUCGCCCUUACCGAAGGCGACUCUUCGAUGCAGCACUGGCGCCAAUGGCACCGAGGGUGCGCAAGAUGUGCCCGUCGUUCAAAGAAGUGCAUGAUUACUUCAAGGAACUGAAGUCCUCUUACUCAGAAUGGGAACUUGCACUGGUGGCACAUAUUCGAGGAAUCAUCAAGAAAGAGGGCUAUCAAGUGAUGGGCAUAUGCCAUAGACUCGCGACAAAACAACGAAUAGAAUGGUUGACGAGAAACCAAUUACGCUUGAAAGGUCUCGAAUUCCGAGAUUAUGGAAACCGAAUUAUACGGAAAGUAUUCGAAGACACUCCACUUCAGCCACUUAAUGACACUAUAUUUGUUGCUACAAACUGUCAGCUUUUCGGCAAAGAUAUCAAUGCCCUGAGAGCAAUAAUCACGGAGUGCGAGAAGAUCGACUGGCUAAUGCCGAUUGCUGCUGUAUAUGGAAACCGGAUAUUAUCAAUAUCAGAAGUCAAGGAGCUGUGCAAAUUACCGUCCUUUGAGGAUCAUCGUGCACAAACAGUACAGCUGUUAUCGAGGCCAUCAAUGGACCUGAUCUCAACAAUAAGUUAUCAUACACAUGAUCUAAUCAGGACAUUGGAAAUGGUGGAAAAACAGAAAACAUCAACAUAG